AUGCCGUUGUCGACGUCGCCGAGGUCGCUGAGUCUCGAGACCGCCACCCCCGAGGAAACGGACCCUGAACCCUCGAAGAAGGAGGAGAUCGAAGACGAAGAGGAGGCAGCAGCUCCGCCAUCAUUGGCAAAGGAAGACAGCCACUUUGUCGACGAGGAGUUCAAGAGCGACGAUGACGAUGGCGAGAUCAAGCGAAAAGCGUCUCCCGUAUCGCACCGUCUCUCCAAUACGUCAGACCUGGACGAUGUCAAGCUGGACGAUGACCAUCCUGCCCCACAAGAACCAGAAACGAAAGUUGUUAGCCCUGUCGAAGAGAAGGCGCCACCCAAGAAAAUGUCCAUUAGCAGCAUUACUGGUGCCCUCCCCUCCAUGCCGUGGUCGCCCUCAGCAGAGCCCUCGCCCGCCAAAUCCCCGGUAGCCCCAACCGCCCCCCUGGCAGCUCCUGCUGCUGGCCUACCACCACCUCCAGGACCCCCGACUAGGAAGCUCACAAGCCCCUUCUCCUGGUUAUCUCGAAACAGCACAAGCAAGGAGAAGGAGACCUCGCCGCCGCCCCAAGCUUCGCCCCGACGCAAUACCGCCAGUUCCAUCGCAACUUUGACGAGCAACCCCGAGAUGAUGCUCAGUAGGCUGGACGAAGAGAAGGAGGGUAACGGCAACAUCGGCGUGCCCCGACAUAGCUUGAAGGACCGCUUCAAGAUGGUGCGAUUACGGGAGGAGGCGGGCAUCACACUGUCAAAUGACGACGACAAACCUGUGCCACCGCCCAAGGGAUUGGGGUUGAGCACUCCUCCUGCUCAGAAUGGUAACGACAGGGAGCUUGGAGCCGACCAACCGCCCAAGUCACCCCUCCCCACCACCCCGAACCCGGCAUUGGCCCCAGGGACGGUAUCUGGAGUCUCGGCCGGUCCAUCAGACAUGUCCGACUCUCAGGUGGACUGGGAUCUGUGGCAGUCUGUCGUAUACGAAGGCCCGGCAGUCGUUGCGCGGACCAGCGCUGAGGAGUUGAACAGAGCUAUUGCCAGUGGCAUUCCCAACGCCAUCCGAGGAGUCAUAUGGCAGGUCUUGGCCCAGAGCAACAACGAGGAGCUCGAGAUCAUGUACAGAGAGCUUGUGGCUCGAGGCACCGACAAGGAAGUCAACCGGAACAGCCAGAGCACUGUCAGCUCUGGCAGCAACGGGAACCUCAGCAUACAGAACGACGUUGUCAAUUCUUCUGCCUCGUCGGUCCAUUCGGAGCAUUCAGGCGCAAAUGGCAUGCCUUCACCUCACGAAAAGAGCGCCGAGGCUGUGUUGAAGACACAACAGGCCGCUACCGCGGCGAGACAAAAGAAGCAAAAGGAGGACAACGCUAUGCUGCAGAAGCUCGAGAAGACCAUCCGACGGGACAUGGGCGCGAGAACCAGCUUCUCCAAGUAUGCAGCCGCCGCUGGGCUCCAAGAAGGCCUCUUCGGCGUGUGCAAGGCGUAUGCCCUGUUUGAUGAGGGUGUCGGCUAUGCCCAAGGCAUGAAUUUCCUCAUCAUGCCGCUCCUGUUCAAUAUGACGGAGGAGGAAGCAUUCUGCCUGUUGGUUCGCUUGAUGAACCACUAUCACCUGCGCGACCUCUUCAUCCAGGACAUGCCGGGUCUUCACAAGAACUUGUACAUCUUUGAGCGCCUGCUCGAGGACUUCGAGCCGGCUCUCUACUGCCACCUCCGCCGCCGCAGCAUCUCGCCCCAUCUCUACGCCACCCAGUGGUUCUUGACGCUCUUUGCCUACCGCUUCCCUCUACAGCUGGUGCUGCGCAUCUACGAUCUGAUCCUGUCCGAGGGUCUGUCUGCGAUUCUGCGCUUCGGCAUCGUUCUGAUGCAAAAGAACGUCGCUAACCUGCUCGCCAUCUCGGAUAUGCAGCAGCUCACUGUCUUCCUCAAGGACAAGCUGUUCGACGCCUACAUCGACACGGCACCAAGCGCAGGAAGCAUCUUGGAGAACGGCUUUUUUGGAAGCUCCAGCUCCAGCAUGGACAAGGAAGUGUACCGCGCCGACCAGUUUGUCCGGGAUGCUUGCGAUAUCAAGAUCACUCCUGAGAUCCUCAAGGCGUACACUCUCGAAUGGGAAGAGAAGACAAGGGCGGAGAAGGAGCGCGAGGCAGAGCUCGAGCAGUUGCGGAGCGCCAACGUCAACUUCGCUGUGAAGGUGCGCAAGCUUGAGGAGCGAGUCGAGGCGUACGACAGCGAGCAGGCUGCGCUCGCGACGGAAUUGGUACAUACCAAGGUCGAGAAUGAGGAGCUCAAGGAUGAGAACGAAAGUCUCAAGGGACAGGUUCGCGAGUUGCGCAACGUCAUCGAGAAGCAGCCCGAAGAGCUUGAGAACGCAUGGAAGGCCGAGCGUGACGAUCUCAUGAAGCGUAAUCAGAAGGUUCACGAGGAGAACGAAAAGUUGGAGAAGGAGUUGGCAGAGUUGGAGGAAGAGCUUGUGCAGACGAAGAUGCAAUAUGCCGAGAUAAACUCUCAGCACGAGACCCUUACUCGCAAGUGGACGGACCUCAAGCGGCAGUUCGCCUGA